UCUAGAGGGAGCUGAUCUGGGCCGGCAUUGCGGCUCCUCUAUGGUCGCCGGCGGCACGCGGGUCCCUGGGCCGGGCAAGGGCAAGCCGAGGCUGCAUCAGACACCAGGAAUUCACCGACACCCAUUCCUGGAAGUCAGGCCUGAAAGCCUGCCCCGGGAGCAGCCACCAGGCCCGAGGGACCUUUGGCUUCUGCUCCACAAAGCCAUCCCGAAGCUGGACCAGAGGCUGAGCAGGUUGACCCUGUCCUCCACUGAGGCCUGAAAGAUGGCAUCUGGGCAAGGACCAGGCCCUCCGCCAGAGGAGUGUGAAGACCUUUCUCCACCCUCCCCUUCUGAGCAGCAGGUCGCCCAGGACACGGAGGAGGUCUUCCGAAGCUACGUGUUCUACCUGCACCAGCAGGAGCAGGAGGCCCAGGGGGCAGCUGCCCCCGUUGAUCCUGAGAUGGACACCUUGCCCCUAGAGCCCAACAGCGUCCUGGGGCAGGUGGGUCGGCAGCUCGCCCUCAUUGGAGACGACAUUAACCGGCGUUAUGACUCCGAGUUCCAGAGCUUGUUAGAACAGCUGCAGCCCACGGCCGGGAACGCCUAUGAGCUCUUCACCAAGAUCGCCUACAGCCUGUUUAAGAGCGGCAUCAGCUGGGGUCGUGUGGUGGCCCUCUUGGGCUUUGGCUACCGCCUGGCCCUGUACGUCUACCAGCGUGGUUUGACUGGCUUCUUGGGUCAGGUGACCUGCUUUUUAGCUGACGUCAUGCUGCGUCACUACAUUGCCCGGUGGAUCGCGCAAAGAGGUGGCUGGGUGGCGGCUCUGAAUUUGCAUCACAACCCCAUCCGGAGCGUGCUGGCAGUUCUGGCUGUGGUUCUUUUGGGGCAGUUUGUGGUACAAAGAUUCUUCAAAUCAUGACUCCUGAAGGGGCCCUUUGGGGGUCCCAGCCAAGACCCCUGCCUAGACUUCAGCCAGCACUUCUCCCUGCCCCUUUGCCCUUCCCCAUCCUCCCCAGAGGACAGAAGCUUUAGCAAACUGGUACCCCAGCUUUGGAGGGCCCCUGCCCGAGGGUCACCUUUGCAGCACAGGUACCCCAACAUUGCAUGGUGCUAAUGGGCUCUCUCUCUGAGCCCCAUCCUGUGAGAGAGGGGCUAAUUACUUUGGGGUGACAAGAGGGUAGGGACCACUUGCCCCUAGGAAAUUGUUUAAGCAUUUUAUAAUAAUGGUGGGAGACAUCCCCCCCUCUUUCACUCAGCCCAAGUCAGGAUAGCAGGGGUUUGAGGCUCAGUGGGUGUAACCUGUGUUCUGGAAGGUCAGGAAUUAAGAGGUGGGACUAGAGCCCGUCAUGCUCCUCCCUGAACUGGCUCUUGAGAGCAAGACAAGCUGGGCGUGGGGGUGGGUCACUGUCCUGUGCUCCACCCUCCCUGUCCCUACGCCCCCACCCCACCCUGACUUUGUGGACGGACUCUCAGGGAUUCUGGACUCAGAGUGGAGGUGGCAGUGCAGACCAGUGUGUCCUGGACAUGUCCAUCAAGGCCCUCCAAGCCUGCGAGCCCUCCUGAGGUCCUCAGUUCUCACCUGUCUCUUCAUCUGAUAACCCCUGGGGGUGAUGCCCCUAACCUGCUCCCCAGGGGCUUUGGGUGAGCCGGCUUGCUGGGGCCCUUCCUUGCCCGGGGUUGUAUAGCCAGAGACUCUGCUUUUUGUUAUGAGAAGAGGCUAUGUGCUCAUCAGAAGUCUGAGCAGGAAAGGAACUACUCCACUAGGAGCAACCCCCGAGCUGGGCCCAGUGUGACCCCUGGGAACUGUGAAUACUUGAAACCCACCUCCCAUGCUCCUGCCUGCCUAGGCCAUCCUUGCAUGGGGUGGGAAGGCCUUCCCCAUCUUGCACAAGAGGGGAGAGGAGAGGGAAGUGCUUGAUUAAGCCAAAUGCAGGGAGAGGAGGCAUAGGGAGCCUGCUGCCCCGCCCUCACCCAUCCUCUGACUGUGUUUGGAAAUAAACUGUGCAAUUUUCCCACCCCCA